UGCAGAACCGCGGUGGCUGGCGAGCAGGGUUCCCUGCUGGCGCGGUUAGGUGGGGGCUCCGGACGCCGCGCCCACCGCCAGCCGGAGCGGGUGCUGGCGGGGGGCGGCCGUUGGCAGCAGGACGCCCUGCCCGGCGUCCGGCGCGGCCCUGUUGUCGGGGAGCGAGCGCAGCUGUGGGAGAAGAGAAACUCGGGAGGCAGUUAUGGCCGCGCUUAGGCCGCUGGCUUUGAGUGCGGCUGUACGACCCUAGGCCAGUCGAGCGUUCUCUCGGUGCAGCCACCUGGCGGUGUGGACGCGGUGUCAUCAUGUGUGUAAAAGCCUUUUAAGGAACCACCAGCUGCUUCAUCCCAUGGCCAAGGGUGGCGUCCAGGUGGCAGAGCAGCUAGGAACUCAAGGCCUGAACCUGGGGCCAGACACUCUGUACUCCCUGCCAUGGUCAAUGACCCACCAGUACCUGCCUUACUGUGGGCCCAGGAGGUGGGCCACAUCUUGGCAGGUCGUGCCCGGAAGCUGCUGCUCCAGUUUGGGGUGCUCUUCUGUACCAUCCUCCUCCUGCUCUGGGUGUCUGUCUUCCUCUAUGGCUCCUUCUACUAUUCCUACAUGCCCACAGUCAGCCACCUCAGCCCCGUGCAUUUCUACUACAGGACUGACUGUGAUUCCUCCACCUCCUUACUCUGCUCCUUCCCUGUUGCCAAUGUUUCGCUGGCUAAGGGUGGACGUGAUCGGAGACGGGGGCUACCUUGGGCAGGUGCUGAUGUAUGGACAGCCGUACCGUGUCACCUUAGAGCUUGAGCUUCCAGAGUCCCCUGUGAAUCAAGAUUUGGGCAUGUUCUUAGUCACCGUUUCAUGCUACACAAGAGGUGGCCGAAUCAUCUCUACUUCUUCGCGCUCCGUGAUGUUGCAUUACCGCUCAGACCUGCUCCAGAUGCUUGACACGCUGGUCUUCUCCAGCCUCCUGCUGUUUGGCUUUGCAGAGCAGAAGCAGCUCCUGGAGGUGGAGCUCUACUCGGAAUACAGAGAGAACUCGUACGUGCCGACCACUGGAGCGGUAAUCGAGAUCCACAGCAAGCGCAUCCAGAUGUACGGGGCCUACCUCCGCAUCCAUGCCCACUUCACCGGCCUCAGGUACUUGCUGUACAACUUCCCGAUGACCUGUGCUUUCGUCGGCGUCGCCAGCAACUUCACCUUCCUCAGCGUCAUCGUGCUCUUCAGCUACAUGCAGUGGGUGUGGGGGGGCAUCUGGCCCCGACACCGCUUCUCUUUGCAGGUCAACAUCCGGAAAAGAGACAGUUCCCGGAAGGCAGUGCAGCGAAGGAUCUCUGUCUGUCAUCCAGGGCCCCAAGGCCAGGAAGAGUCAACCCAGCUGUCAGACAUCACAGAGGACUGCGAGAGCCCUGAAGAUCCCCCGGGGGCAGAGGAUCAGCUCCCUGAGGAGGAGAAAGCAGACCAGCGGCCCUUGAAUGGAGAGGAGGAGCUGGAGCCAGAGGCCAGUGAUGGUUCGGGCUCCUGGGAAGACGCGGCUUUGCUGACCGAGGCCAACCUGCCUGCCCCUGCCCCUGCCCCUGCCCCGGAGACUCUGGGCAGCUCUGAACCCUCUGUGGGCAAUCUCCGACAGCGCCCCACCUGCUCUAGUUCCUGAAGAGAACAGGGCAGAGUCCUGACAUUCCAGUCCUUUCUCACCUGACCCCUUCCCCAAUAAACUAUUUUCAUGCCA